AGACGUGAGGUGGGUGGGGAAUGGACACCGGAAGUGACUCUGUGUUUCGGAACUCUCUCAAAUAUGGAGUCAGGUGGUUGUAGUCAUAAGGUUGUGUUUGAAAAGGAUGGCGUGUUUUUGCACACCAGUGCUAAGAAGCAGCAUGAUAGAGAUGCACCAAUCCCAGGAGUCAUCCGUAUUAUAGAGAAGGAUAUUGUUCCAGUUUUAGAGUGGGUUCCUGUGGAAGAAAGUGGAGAUGUGCCUCAUAUUGUGUAUUCCAAGAAAGAAUCAACUACAAAUGGUGUGGCCCAGACAGAAGAGGAAAUAUUUGAUCCUGGUUAUGAACCAGACUGGGCUGUCAUCAGCACAGUGAAGACUAAAUCACAGUCUAAGCAAACAACACAAGCUGCUGCACCUUUGUCAAAUCCAGGAUCUAGAGAAAAAUGGUCAUUUUCACUUGAACUCUCAGAGCUGAAAUCAAUAAGAAAAAGCAAACCUGGCCUGGGUUGGUCAUUUCUUAUCUUUAUAACUAAAGAAGGUGUUUCAGUGCCCGCUCUUCACUUCCACAGUGGUGGCACCAGUGCCCUUCUCAAGGCCCUCAGCCAAUACGUUUCCUUGUUUUCGUCCCCAAAAGAUCCACGACUCUAUCUUGUAUGCUCUCGUAACUCUUAUCCCAUGUCACAUUCAUUUGAUGGAUUACAGCUUUAUGAUGAGGGCUCAGCUGACUUGGUCCUGAGAUUUUUUCAAGACCCUUACUCAGCCACAUUUGGAAGCUUCUCCAAGGUUACCAACUUUUUUCGUGGGGCCCUGAAACAUCCAGAAGCUACUAAGGAAAGGCCUUUGUCAGAGACUGCAGUGGGGCUAGAAGAUGAACCAGGAUUUGAAGUUAUUACUUGUCAAGCAGACAUUGGACAGAGGCCAACUGUACAACGAGAUGAAGCUGUAACAGAGCAAGUGUGGCAAGAACACUUUGAUCCUGAAGGGAGAGUCAAAAAUGUAGAAGAUCUAAAGGCAAAAAUCUUUCAAGGGGGUUUGAUCCAUGGAAUUCGGAAGGAAGUGUGGAAAUUUUUACUGAGGUACUAUCCAUGGGAUAGUACAAUAGAAGAGCGUAAGCAGUUGGUCAAAAGGAAAACAGAUGAAUACUUUCGUAUGAAGCUGCAGUGGAAGUCUGUGAGUGAAGAACAAGAAAAGAGAAAUUCACUUCUUCGAGGGUAUCGCAGUCUUAUUGAGAGAGAUGUGAGCCGGACUGAUCGGAGCAAUAAGUUUUAUGAAGGCAGUGAUAAUCCUGGGCUAACGUUAAUGAAUGAUGUACUGAUGACAUACUGCAUGUAUAAUUUUGAUCUAGGUUAUGUGCAGGGAAUGAGUGACCUGUUGUCUCCAAUCCUCUUCGUUAUGCAAAAUGAGGUAGAAGCAUUCUGGUGCCUUGCAGGUUUUAUGGAGUUGGUGCAUAGAAACUUUGAAGAGAGCCAAGAGGCUAUGAAGAAACAGCUGACUGACCUGAACUUGCUUCUGCGGAUUUUAGACUCUGCACUUUGCGAUUUCCUAGACACUAAGGACUCUGGAACCCUAUGCUUUUGCUUUAGAUGGCUGUUAAUCUGGUUCAAGCGGGAAUUCUCCUUUCAAGAUAUCCUGCGGCUGUGGGAGGUGUUGUGGACUGGUCUUCCUUGCCCUAAUUUUCAUCUUUUGAUAAGCUGUGCCAUCCUAGAUUCUGAGAGAGAUGCCCUUAUGAACUCCAAUUAUGGUUUUAAUGAAAUUCUUAAGCAUAUUAAUGAACUGACCAUGAAGCUGAACAUGGAAGAUAUUCUUUGUAGGGCAGAAGCAAUGUAUCAUCAGCUGGCUGUUUGUCAGGAUUUGCCAAGGAAUGUUCAGGAAGUUCUUGGUCUUGCCAAAGGAGAAGAAAAAAGAUCAGCACAGGUACCUACAGCUUCUACUCCAAGCUCCGACACUGAAAGUUCAUCGCAGGAGCUUUUAAGCAGCACCACACAUGAAUCAGAACUAACAAACAGCAUGUCACAGACUCAGGCUGACAGCAGCAUUGAGAUUCUGCCUCCUGAGGAUGCUGAUACAACCUCACAAAGCAUCUCUCCUGCAGCUCUAACUCCUUGAUUUAAAAAAAAAAUUGAGGGAUUGAUGGCUGUACCAUCCUUACCCAUUAUUAAUAAUAGACAUUCUUUUUUACUAACAACUUCUGAACUGAAAAAAAUCCUGCAUGCAUUUUCUUCAGAUAUAACUGGACUUAAGACUUACUUCCAUUUAACCUGAGAUUUGAAGACAGAGCCGAGCACUACAAGGAUAUGAAUCUCAAAUGCAAGUUGCACUUUAGCUUUUCAGAGUAAUAAAAUGGUGUUUCUUGAACAGUAAGGCAUUCAGACCAGGUGCAGUGUUAUGCUGCUGAAAAUUCUAGAUGACAUUAUGGCACAUUUCCAAGCAGAUUUUAUGCCUGCAUUAAUUUAAAAAGAAGUUGUUUUACUGCCUACCUGUUAUGGGAGAAUUGCACUACUACUGCAUAACUGGGGGCAUACAAAGGAAACCGUUUGCUUGUUUCUUUCAAUGUAUGCAUUAUUUUGCUAUCAAAUUAGUUGUGAUUCUGAAUAUAUCCAGAUAAUGCUUUCUGAUUUAGAAUGGCUGUUGUAGCAGUGGUGAGAUGGUUCCCAACUCUUGUUAGCCUGUUUCAGGAGAUGACUAGUUUAGGAGUACCAAUGAGGGGCUGUCCGACCUCAUGGUAAGAAUAUUUUCUUGCACCUUGUUUCAUUAGUGUGGUGAAGUGCAUGGUGAUAUUCAUAGUAUGGACGGUGAGAGGGUUAUUUUCUUGGAUUAAUUAUGUGGCCUGCAUUGGGUCUCAGUAGUGUGACAGUCAGGAACCUUAAACUGUUUUUAAACAAGUGCAUCAGUUGUAAUGAGUCACAGCAGAAGGUGUUAACAUUUCAACUCCUGUAUUGCAGAGCAACUUUCCUUUUUCCUAGAAAUACUGCAAGCUACAUUUAUAGUUCAUCACAUUUAAACUUAAUAUUUCUGUGUAUCUUCUUUAUUACUGUUGGUUUCUUCUUAUGCAGUAAAAUACAAAAAAUUUGACCAUUUCCUGAAAUGCCACUAGAAACCCAUGCAAUCAGAUGUCUUGCAUCUUUCAGUUAAAACUGUAAGGAGGGUGCACCAAAGGUUUUAAUUAAUACCUUUUUAAUUUUUUUUCUGUACUGUGUAAUAACUGAGGGCCAUUCAUUAUGCCAAGGAUUUUUUUUACUGGCUUGACAGAAAUGUGAAGAACAGUGUAAAAAAAUGUCUGUUUUAAGUUUUUGUGGAGCACACGACAUUGUUCCUUUGUGUUAGGGGAAAAACUAGACAUUCCUGGAAAGUAGUCCAUUGUUCUGCCUAAGCAAGAUAAAAAUAUUGCACAUGGUUCUGUAUAUAGCAGUGUUAGAACUAAACAGCCUGCUGUGAGUGAUAUCAUGGAAAGCUGGCUACCAUGUGGUUGAAAAAUAGUUGAUACAGUGUUACGUGGAAGGAUAGUGAUGUUUGCCCCAUUUCAUAGUGCAGUGAGCUGAACCAUUACAGUGCAAACCAUAUUAAUCGGAGGCCCAUGACGAAAGGAGCUAAAUAAGUGACACAGGUGCCAGGAAGAUUGGGUUGUUUAACUAAUCUAAACCAUAAAACUUGUGCUGCUUAAAAAUUAAGGUCCUAAGCAGAAUUGUGAGAAUCUCACAUUUUCUGUGCUGUUUGUACAGCAAGUAAUAAAAAAAAUGAAUAAACACAAAUUCUGAUGUUC